AUGUCGCUGGCGUGCGCGGGGAGUCCAGCGACGCAGCCCAAGGGGGUGGGGCGGAUCGAUACCACCAUUAACCGAUCGAUCGAUGGCAUCGAACGUUGCGAGAGCAACUUCCGCAGCAAUGGAGACGAGUUGAAUUAG